AUGUCGUCGCAGGUGGACGCUCCUCCGCCUUCCGGCUCGCCUCGAGGCACAAUCGUCUUCUUCCAUCCGGAUCUGGGCAUCGGCGGCGCUGAGCGGCUGGUCGUCGAUGCGGCGGUUGGGCUGCAGGAGCGCGGGCACCACGUUGUCAUCUUCACCAACCACUGCGACCCCAGCCAUUGCUUCGACGAGUGCCGCGAUGGAACCCUCGAUGUUCGUGUUCGCGGCGCCUCGCUCGUCCCCAUGUCCAUCUUCAACCGCCUCACCAUCCUCUGCGCCAUCUUGCGCCACUUCCACCUCCUCCUCCAGAUCACGCUCUCCGGCGAACUGCAGCAUUUAGAACCCCGCGCAUUCGUCGUCGAUCAGUUAUCCGCAGGCCUGCCCCUGCUGCGCUUCCUCUCGCCCGAUGCGCCCAUCCUCUUCUACUGCCACUUUCCGGACCUCUUGCUUGCGCAGGGUCGUCAGUCACUGCUCAAGAGACUCUACCGGGUGCCGUUCGAUUGGAUCGAGGAAUGGUCCAUGGGAUUUGCGCAGGCUGUGGCUGUGAACUCGGAGUUUACAAAGGGCGUCGUUGCUAGGACGUGGCCGCGACUGCAGGAAAAGGUCGAUACCAAGGUGGUGUAUCCGUGCGUCGAUACGACGAAACAGGACGAAUUCCCUGGCGAGAAUGUUGCUUUGGGUGAGGGUGACCACAAGAUUAUACUCAGCAUCAACAGGUUCGAGAGGAAGAAGGACAUUGGGCUGGCUGUCAAGGCUUUUGCGGCCAUUCCCGAGGCGAAGCGAAAAGCAGUCCGUCUAGUGCUAGCAGGCGGCUAUGACCAUCGGGUUGCCGAAAAUGUCGAGUAUCACGCCGAGCUCGAGCAGCUGGCCUCUUCCCUCUCUCUCAGACACCACACCGUCACAACAUUCGACGCCUCCUCUCUGUCUUCGAUCCCGAGCGAUGCCUCCGUCCUCUUCCUCCUCUCCAUACCCAACUCCGUCAAGACCUCACUCCUCCGUACAGCGCGCCUGCUAGUCUACACGCCGUCAAACGAGCACUUUGGCAUUGUUCCUCUUGAAGCCAUGUUGGCUCGCGUGCCCGUCCUUGCCGCCAAUACGGGCGGUCCCGUUGAGACGAUACGGGAUUCCAAGACCGGCUGGCUGCGGAACCCUGACGAUGUCAAUGCCUGGUCCAGCGUCAUGAGCGAUGUGCUGAGCAUGCCCGAUGCUGAUCUUCGCCGGAUGGGUGCUGAUGGCGAGGAACGCGUGCGAUCUCUAUUUGGUCGCGACAACAUGGCCUUGCGCUUGGAGAAGUCGAUAGACGAGAUCCUCUCCAAGAAGCACGCUCGUCCAUCACUAGUCAUCCCCAUUGGGGUCAUUGUCUCCGUGUUAUUGGCUGUACUUGCAGUCUGUAUGCAUUUCUCAUGA